AUGCAAGAUUUUCUAAAUGUAAUUACAUCUAAGAAUAAGCGAAAUAAAGAACAAACGCCGUUAGAGUCUAUCGUCGCCGAUUGUGUUGGAUGAUUUGGUUGUUGAUGUGACGUGGGACACUGAGUUACAUGUAUGAAAAGAUACUCAAGUAACUACCAACAAAGUACAAGUUGUGCUCCGACGUUUCCAGAAACAGUCAAUGGCAGAAACCAGCGAGACGUGUUAGCCGACGGGCCCUGAAGGCAUCAUUAGUCCGGACCAGGGGGCGUAGGUUUGACCGGCUUCUCUCAGACACAAUGAACCGUCAGACAGUGAGGGGCACGCAUGUUGAGCCCGAGGCUUUCGCACGAUUUUAGCACAUUAUUGCUCUCUGUUGUGCCUUUCCAUUGCUUUACGUUGUUAUUCCGAAGCUAGUGAUACACUGUAUGGCGGUAACAAAGCUCAACUGGAAGCGGUUGGUUCGUCGAGUUUGAUGAAAACGAGGUCGGGAUCAAACCAACGUUACCGUUAGCCCCUCCUGGCGGAUUUUCUCUGUGUUUUUUUUUUUUUUUUUUUUUUUUUUAACUAACUAAAGACAACAAAACGCAGCAGAUAACGAUGUCGCUGACUGCAUCGUCUGAUUAUUUCGCUGCCGAGUGUCUGGUGUCGAUAUCUAGCGGUCCUGUUUUGCACAGACCCACCCCGGUCGCCCCGGCCAGCCAGCCCUCCGAGGUGGGCCUGGUCCCCGGGGAGCCCGACGGGUCGAGCGAGGACAGGGAAGUGCGGGAGACGCUGAGGCUGGAGGGGGCCAACAUGAUGGCGGUGGCCGGUAUCCUCACCGACCUGCACGGCAAGUUCCGCCCCAUGUCGGCCUACUCGGAGAGCAGCAACUCCUCGUGUGGUGGGGAGAGCGGCUACACCACGUUGUCCGACCCCACCACCCCAACCAUGACCCCCUCCGCCACCCCGGUGCCCGGACAGCAGCAGCAGUUCAGGGGGGCAGGAGGGGGCGGAGGCGUGGGGACCCCGCGGUCCCCGGUGAAGCGACAUCAGUGCACUUUUGACGGAUGCGACAGAGUUUACGGGAAAUCGUCCCACCUGAAGGCACACAUCCGGACACACACAGGUGAGAGGCCCUUCCCGUGCACCUGGCCUGACUGCGAGAAGAAGUUCGCCCGUUCUGACGAGCUCGCCCGCCACACCCGCACCCACACGGGGGAGAAACGCUUCCUGUGCCCGCUGUGCGACAAGCGCUUCAUGCGCAGCGACCACCUGAUCAAGCACGCCCGCCGCCACCCCGACUUCGUGCCCUCCAUGCUCGGGCGCAACAAGGGCGCAGCCUCCGCUUCCAACCUGCACUAUUAGCACGGUUGGCUCGGGGUGCUCCCGCGUACUGGGGUCGACACAGAUGGUCACGUUGGUUUCAGGUUAACCGACCACGAUCAGAUCCACCGAUUAGGAUUUAGCAUUGCUGUGUUGUACUCAAAAAACGUGCACGUACACAAGCCGUCACACACAGAGCUGGAUGUUAGGGGGAAGUAGCCUCACCUUUCCAUCAUCAACACAAGACGAGUCAUGUGACCACUAUCCACCUGCUCUACAUAACCAGGGUUGGGUUAUAAAACGUUCCAUGUUCAAAAACUGUGGAUUUGUUAAGAAAUAUGCUUUUUGAUUCCAGUUCUCAUUUCCUGAGAGCAAGAGUUUGGACCUACUGCACUUCCAUUUAUGUCGCCAGCUGCACAUGUAGCAAAGCAUGUGUUCACAGUAUGGCAGAGCAGAGCUAGCCCUCAAAAAUGUUGCUUCACAGAAGACCAGAACGAUGCAGUGAUAUGUAGUCGCUGAAUAAACGCAAGUAUGUAAAUAUAAAAAUACUUUUACUGCAAAAUGGGUUAAGACUGCUGGACUUUCUGUCCUGUGUUAAUAGUCGUGAUUAAAUCAUGAAACAUUUUUUAUAAAUGGGAUAAGGUAAUUCAUUCCUUGAGUUAUUUCACCAAAUUAAAGGCAAGAUAAGUCAAUGUACUUCAUCGCAUUGAAAACAAAAGUCUGGAAACUGAUCAAUGAUUUACAAGAUUGCUCAAUAGUACAAUGUUAUUGCCAUAUCAGUAAAAACUCACACUACACUAUAAUACAGGUGAUUUUUUUCGUCUUUUAACAAAAAAAAAAGCAAAUCUCAAAAUACCUCAUUGUCUAUGGCAGCAUAUAUCUUGUGGAAAUAAAUAUUGUUGAUUUUUUUUCUUUUCUUUGAAGAUACUUUGUUUCCUUUUUUAGGAUUUGAUAAGAACCAGAAUCACGAAGCAGAUUUCACUCGAUAAAAUGAACCCAACCCUGGACGUAAACCUCGUUCUCCCAAACUGAAACACUUUCACAAAAUUGCAGGGAUUUUUUCACACUUUUCUGUAAAAACUAAAACUGCACAUUCAUCAUCAGCCAAAAAAUCCUCUGGUUUCUUGUGGUUAAUUUGUAGAUCGUUGUUGUGCUUUUUCAGUACCAUUUAUUUACUACAAUAGUAGCACAAUAUUGUGAUAAUAGGUAGCGAGGCGGUGACUAGAGGCAUUUUAGCUUUUACCUUUUUUUGUUUGUUUUAGCUUUGCUGAUUCUAAGUUUUAGAGGUGACACAUUCCUUCAUUUAUUUUUAAAUUGCAUUGGUAACCAUCAUUAUUGAAACAAUUCUGUCAAUUUUAUUUUUCCUGUGUAUCCAGUUUAACUAUAGAUCAAAUACUAAUUUUGCCAGAAAGUGGAUCAAAUUUCACUGUAGAAGAGCUGUUUGCACGCCAUCCUUAAGGCUAGAUCAGUUAUCAUCCAUGAAAUGCUGACACAUAAUACGCAGCAGUAUUAUGUCUAAUAUUGAUGCAAAUGUAUAUAAGCGUUAAGCUUUUAAUGUAGAAAAAUUGUAAUGCUACUAGCAGCAGAAUUAAUACAUGUGAUGAAUUGUAGUCCUUAUAUUAGGGGUAACAUUAUACGCUUGAUAGGAGGGCAUUGCCUGUGAGUGUUGGUGUGUAUGUUUAUUUUUUAAUUAACUUUUUUUGUUAGUGACAGAACUGAGAAAAGUAUGUAUGCAAUGGUAUCAGAUUUUUUUUUUAAGGGGGAAACAGGUGACAUGAGUUGAGCUUGAUAUUUUUUUUUUUUAGUUUUUUCAUUUUUUUUCUCAGCCUGCUGCCUUCAAAGUAAAAGCAUUCGCUCAUCAGGGAUGUGGAGCCAGGUGGCAGAAUACAUUUAUGGAUCAGGGGUACCAGGUGAUAAACUGUUGCCACGACAACCGUUGUUGUGGAAAUCAGACGUGGUUAAAAUUAGCCUGCCGGCCGGUUUAACUCAUCCGCGAAGCAAAAACACAGGCGACGCUUAAUGACAUGAACGCUGGCUCUUUUCUGUGGAGACGUGUCGCUGACGCUGGCACUACUAAACGGGACGCAGCCGUUAAUAAUGUUAUUAGUUCCACCCCUGUUUUAAAACCAAACCUUUGUACCUGUGUUAGUACAUUUAAUCAUAAUGGCACCCAAAUAUUCCUUUCCUGCCAAAAUGCGUAAACUAAUUUAUGGAAUUUCAGGAACUUUUGUUCAAACAGUAACAAAUCCAGCAAAUCUCAAGUAAUUUAACUGUUUAAAAAACAGUGCACACAGUCUCCAGGUCUGAUUAUAGAGAGGAUUUCUUUCCCACACUGUUUGUCCCGACCACGGACAUAUUCCUUUUAACUCAGUGAACAACACUUCUUCAGGAAACUCUGAAAGCCUUAAACUAUGUCAUAACUACUUUGCACCAUGUUUACAGUCAGAUCAUUGUGUAGGUUUAUGUGCCCUCUUGCGGGCGUAUCACAGAAACUCAUUAUGCAAUAUGGCACUUUUUUCUUACAGGUGUUUUUGGCUGGAUAGUGUAAUGGCUUGCACUAAAGUGUAGACAAGCAAGCACUGUAGAACUUUGCUAAUGUGUUGAUAACCAAUGGUUUGAAGAGAGAAAAAAAACUGCCUUUUCCAAGUGCUUUAGAAAGCGUGACACAAGAACUGGGUUGUUUCUGUUUAUUUAGUGUCUGCUUAGUCGUCUCUUGGCCACCUCUUGUUGUGGAAUUUGUGUUUUUUUUUCCUUGCUAGAAUACUCUUCAUUGUCACUCCCAGCUGUGUUGACAUUGAUCAAACAGAACAGAUGUCUUCCUCUUGUACGUCAAGCCAUCUUCAUAUACCAGUUCACUGUUGGUUUCAUUUUAAUGGGAGCAGCACUCAUUGAAGUGAAUGCAAUGCUUGUACACUUCGUACGCGUCUCUUCUCCGGAGGUUCGAUCUGUUGAAGGUUUUUGGUUGCUGCUGGCAGCGGCCACGAACACAUGGACUGUUUAACAAAGCAACAAACACAAUAUACCUGCUUUUUUUUUCAUGUAAUAACGGGAAUAAUGACUUCCAUCCCUCCUCACUGAUGGAAGCAUCAUCUUAUACAGACUCUCAAAGCUAUAAUAUCACAAGAACAACAUACCUCACUUUUUUUUAACAGUGUCUGUACAAAAUCCAAAAUCCAUCCAACAUGUCUUUCAGAAAAGUCCUAUAAAGCCAUUGAGCCUUGGAUUUCAGAAACGAGAUGGUCUGUUAUGUACCCUCGCCCUUACUGACUCUAUAUGCAACGUGAUUACUACCUGUGUAGCAGCAGAAUAACUUUCUCUUUUGUUUUAUUUUUUUAAUUUUAAUUUUUUUUCUUACCAUGCCUCAAUGAACGUCUGUCGCUGACAGACGAUAGUAAACAAACCUACUGGAUACAUUCUGUCAUUAAUGCCCAGCUUCUCCUUACGUACCAAGAGGGAACCCCCACUGCUGUCUAAAGCUGAGGCUGAAAAGGCUUUAUCCAAACACAAAAUUAAAGAAAAAAUACCCACAGCCUGUCAAUUCACUGAAAACAAUGAUGGCAAAAAAAAGCUCAGUCCAAAUGUAUUUGUUCAUAUCACUGAAUGUGGCUGGAUGACAGCAGAGCAUUGUCCGACCCCGGAUUUAAUUUUUGCUGCGCUGCCUCGCUGGGAAAAUCCUUUCUCCUCGUCACCCACAAUAAUUCAAAUAUGCACAUUGUACAGACGUGGAUGUUUUUUAAAUUGAUGCCUAAUUUUUACAUUAAUGUAAUUUUUAAACUCCUCCUGUCAAAGCUUUAGUUGAGGUAAAUGGGAGGAACUGUGGAACUAAAUUAUUGCUGCAGCAAGCUGUUUUGAUAUUUAUAUUCUCAGGUGUCUUAAAUUUUCAGCAUUGGAGUUUAGUAUUUCCUGUGCAACACCGAAGUACAAGCAUGUUUUUAUUUCUUUUGUUAUCCUGAUUAAUUUAUUACAUAUCAGAAACGUAUCAUUUGUGUGGUUUAAUUAUUCUUGUCAUAAUAAUAAUAAUUUCAUUUUGUGAUAUGGAACAGUACUAAUAUUAAUUGGUUCCUAUGUUUGCUUGACCAGUGCUUUUUUUCUUUUCUUUUUUUUUAAAUAAAAAUUCUUAAGAUGGUUGGUCA